AUGCCGUUUGGCAAGAAGGAAUGGUACAAAACCGACAGAUUCAAGGGCACCAUUCCUGAUAUCUUUCGUCACCCUGCUGUCACUUCAUCGACAACUCCCACUAGAGCAGUUUCCGAUCCCGGAAUCAGAAUCAAACUGAACGGCAUCGACUUUGAUAUCCCAGAAAACGGUACGCCUGGAGGAAUAACGCCACCAAAGAUGCAGCAGCCAGCAGACCAUGGUCGAUAUCCAAAUGCUGCCAACCAGCAACCAGUAGCCAUGGAUCCGGUCAUAGCGGCAGAUAAAUCACAAUGUGGUGGUUCUGCAGAUACAUCAUCAAUAGUUGCUACGGAUGUUCCCUUCCACAUGAUCAAAACUGGCGACAAGGACACCACGUGUACAGGCACGUCGACUGAAACCACCACCAAAGGUCAAGCAUCCAACGGUCCCAGCAUCUCCCAAGUUCGAACUAUGGAAUCUAAUGCCAAUAUGAAGCCUGCAGCCGUCACCGUAGAGGAUGACGGCACGGCUACCGUUAUUGGAGAUCUACCCAUACGCGGCAUCACGCGCAAUGAUACCCAGGAUCAUACGGAACCUGAACCAGAGACAUGUGCUAAUCAGGAAGACCCUGGAGGAGAUCAAGUCGCUGACCCACCAAAGAAAAAGAAGAAUCGGAACCGAAAGUCUACCUCACAAAGAGGUCCCACAGCUCUGAACAAGAUUCGGGGCACUGGCUUUGAGGAUGGAUUUGCUGAUCCACCCAUGACCAUAGAAGAGUUUGAGGAAGAGAAACGAAUAUACGAUCCUGAGAGUCCCUUUGUCGACGCUGCCAGCCGCAUCGAGGAAUGUAUCCAACGUUAUCGAGGUCGGCGACGACUGGAUCCCAUCCGUGACCUUAUGUUCAGUCGUUACCUCAACAUGGGCGGCAUCGAUACCUCUCAACGUCAGUUUACAGGGGCCAAUGCAAUGUCCAAGGAUGACCUGGCUGGUUUGAGCAAGGCGGAGAAGCGCAUGGCCGCCGCAAACGACGUCAUUAACCGCAGGGGAGAUGAUGCUCGCUGGUUCACACCUGGCGACGAGGGCUGGACAGUCGACUUUGCCGGUGUGGUGGCUGCCUACCUGUAUGCACGCAUUAUCUCCCAUAACCAAACCACCAUCCUUUCGAUGGCCGUGACACUGGCUAACCACGAACUAAACUCAAACAGCUCUACCCGCCUUCCCUUUGACGUGGCUGGAGAACAAGAUAUGAUGGCGCUCGGCGUCGACACCAUCCUCAACUUCAUCAACUACGUCAUCAAGCACGACGUCUGCCCCGAGUAUGAAGCCGACCUCGCCUGUGCCCGCGCCGUCUGUAAGCUGGCCAAGAUCGAGUUCCCUCUGAUCAACAGGGCCCUCGCUUCCGGCAUGGGCCAAUUCAACUAUGCCUGCCGCACCAUAUUCAACCUGCCCGACGAGACCGAUUGCUUUGUCGACCGCAUGUCCGUCGACCCGGCAAGGAACCGCUCCGUUCGCCCCAUCCUGGUCUUCACCAGCACCCUGACCCUCCUGGCCGACAUAUACCCAGAUGCCAGGGCCGUCGACCUCCAAAACCUCCGCGAGCAGGACCCCACGCUGGGCAAGAUGGCCGCUGUUGUUUCCUCAAAGUUCCGGACGGACUACUACGAAGUGGUUGAGGCGCGCGAGCCCAACGAGUCGGUCGCCCGCCUCUUCCGGGCCCUGCAUAGCGGCGACAAGGUCACAGGACAUUACAAGCCGGCGGGCGUGUUGGUUGUCAGGCGCUGCAUAGUCGAGGAUGGGUUCGCCAACACGGCCAAGCUGCACACGACGCCGCCGACGCGGAGAAAGGGUGAGGCCGAGACCUUUGUCGUCGACCGCGACCUUCUGCGCUGCCUGCUACCGGGAAUGAAGCUGCACCUCGAGACGGCUAGGAUCACGCACCCAGACUUUGGGCUGACGUUCAUCAAGAACCUGCUCGAUGUCCAGCCCAGCUUCCACCUGUUCCUGCCUCAGAUGCUCAUGCUAGACUACAAGAUGCCGAGGGACAAUCUGCGUGACGCGCCGAGCGUUGACAAUCCCGACGCACAGGGCGGUGAUGACGGUGAUGUGGAGGACUGA